UUAAAGUUGAUGAAAACACACAGGUGCGGUGCGGAGGCUGCGCUUUGGACAUGCCGAGAUUCAAAGAAAGGGCAGCUCAACCAUCCACAAAUGCACUGAACUCUGAGUCGGUGGACCCUGACCACACUACGCUAAUUGCUAAGAGAUAUCUCAUCAGUCGGAAGCUCGGAAGGGGGAGCUUUGGUACUAUCUAUCUGGUUCAGGACAUAAAGGCUGCAGCUGGUGAUAGACUUAAAGUUCUGAAGGAAAUCCCAGUAGGUGGCCUAAAGCCCAAUGAGACGGUCCAGGCCAAUCAGGAGGCCCAGCUUCUCUCACAGCUGCAUCACCCCGCCAUCUUGAAGUUCUACACCAGUUUCCUGGAGAGGGACAGCUUCUGCAUCAUCACCGAGUACUGUGAGGACCGUGACCUGGACUGUAAGCUGGAGGAGCAAAGAGCAGCGGGGAGCUGGCUUCUUGAGGCACAGGUCACUGAAUGGCUCAUUCAGCUGCUACUCGGGGUCCACUACAUGCACCAGAGGCGGAUCCUUCAUCGGGACCUGAAAGCCAAAAACAUUUUCCUGAAGAAAAACAUUGUUAAAAUAGGUGACUUUGGAGUGUCCUGCCUGCUCAUGGGCUCGUGUGACCUGGCCACCACCUUCACGGGCACCCCGUACUACAUGAGCCCCGAGGCCCUUAGCCAGCAGGGCUACGACGCCAAGUCAGAUAUCUGGUCUCUGGGAUGUGUGUUGUACGAGAUGUGCUGUCUGGCACACGCCUUUGAAGGACACAACUUCCUCUCUGUUGUUAUGAAGAUAGUUGAGGGGGAGAGCCCAUGUCUGCCUGAGAGAUACUCCGCUGAGCUCAACACCUUACUGCAGAGGAUGCUGGUGAAGGACCCGGGCUCCAGGACAUCUGCUGCAGAGGCACUCAGAAGCAAAUACAUUGAGGAGAACAUGCAGUCCAUUAAGCACAAGUUCUCCAGCAUGACUCUGCAGGACAGAACAUCAGGUGGGGACCAAGAUGCCGCACAGAUACUGAAAGCGAUGCAGAGGAAGGUGCACCUCCAGACGCUACAACAGAGGGCCGAGGUGCAGAAGAUGACCCCCAGAGAGCGCAUGCGGCUCCGCAAGCUGCAGGCCGCAGAUGAGAAGGCCAGGAAGCUGAAGCAACUGGCGGAGGAGAAGUACCAGGAGAACUGUCUGCGCAUGCGGGAGCUCCGGUGCCGCCAUUUUCAGACAGUCACUGUGGAUGUGCUCACUGACACCCGUGAGGAGAGAGCCAUUAACCUGCACCAGCCAGCGCCACCACUGGAUAGCCAUUCAGCAGGCCCUGCAGGGUCAGUGGGAGAUGAGAUUGCAGCACAGCUGUGCAGGCCUGAUCUGAUGGAGAGUGACAUCCCAGAGGACCCUCUGACUGCAGAGGCCUAUUACUAUGAAGAUGGCUUUGAGUCGUGUUCUGAGGAAGAGGAAGAUGAGAUGGAGGAGAAUGAGAAAGAUAUGAAGGAUGAAGACGAAAGCAACAUGGAGAGAGAGGCCUAUGACACGUUUUCGCACACCUAUGGACAGGACGGUGACCUCGAGGCCAUGGUGUGGCAUAUGGAGAAUGUGCUCGACAGCGAUCCUACUGGAGCUGGGGCAGAAGAAAUCCAGCCGAGUCCACGGGGCCCAGGCCACAUCAACACCACCAUGGCACGGAGCAGGAUCCAGCGCAUGAGGGAGGCAGUGACCCAGAGGCUGGGGGAGGACGUCUUCCAGAGGGUGUACAACUAUCUGAGGGAGGCCAGGAGGAGGAGGGAGAGUGAGCUGGAUGUCCGAGAGGCUCUGAGCAGAAUGGUGGAGAGACCCAGCGAUUGCUUCGAGGUCGACCAGCUGCUCUACUACGAGGAACAGCUCCAGGAAGCCCAGGGUGGCAGCUAGAGAUUUAUGACCUUAGAGAGUAUAAAGAUGUGAAUAUGGACAUGCACUUGCACACACACACACAAUUUUAUAAGCAUAUUGUAGUGGGAAUCUAGAGGUGUUUUUUUAUUAUGUGUAUAUUACUGAAAAGAACAAAUAAGGGGGAUACAUGUUAUGGUUGGUUGGGGUUUUGGGAGAGAUUUAUUUAAGAUUUAUGAAUGCUAUGUUGCAUCAAAUAGUUAUAUAGCCUAUGCUCAUGGUUUUCUUCUGCAAAAAUACAAAUAAAAUAUGAACCUUUCAGUCUACUUAA